GGAGCCUAAAAUUUAAAUUUUCAUGCAAAAGAAAAACAAAUUGGAUCUGGAGCCAUGCCCAAGAGCGCCACUAUAUGUAUAUGCUCAAGGUGUUGUGUGUCCAGUAGAGGCGUACGGAUUACAAGAGAAGAGAGCAGCGUGACAUGGGAAGCAAUGACCACCGGAACGUAGCUCUCGCCGUUGACCGUGUCCGGGUCCUGUCCCGACGCCUCGUCCGGCCGUCGUCGUCGUCGUCGUCGUCGUCGUCCGGUCACGCGCCGCCGUGCGACAUCCACCUCACGCCGUGGGACCUCCGCUUCCUCAGCAUCGACUACAUCCAGAAGGGCGUCCUCCUGCCCAAGCCGCCGCUCUCCGGCGACCGCCUCGCCGACGCCCUCGCGUCCUCCUUCGCGCGCGCCCUCGCGCUGUUCUACCCGUUCGCCGGCCGUCUCGUCGCCGAGGAGCGCGCCGACGACGGGACCGUCACCGUCGCGCUGCGGUGCACCGGCGAGGGCGCCGAGUUCGUCCACGCGGCGGCGCCCGGCGUGGCCGUGUCCGACGUCGUCUCGUCGCUUUACACGCCGCCGGAGGUAUGGUCGUUCUACUCGUACAACCUGGUGCUCGGCGCCGACGCCGCCACCGAGUCGCGGCCCGUGCUGUCGACGCAGGUCACCGAGCUCGCCGACGGCGUGUUCGUCGGCAUGUCGCUGAACCACUCCGUCGGCGACGGCACCACCUUCUGGAAGUUCAUGAACGCAUGGUCGGAGAUCAACCGCCGCGCUGGCGGCGCCAUGAGCGACGACCUGAUGAUCAGAGAGAUCUCCACGCCGGCGCCGGUGUUCCGGCGGUGGUUCGUCGAGACCAGCCCGGUGCCGAUCCCCAUGCCGGUCGGCAAGCUGCAGCACAUCGUCCGACGGCUCGAGCGGCCGGAAGUGCAGGAAUGCUUCUUCACCUUCUCGGCAACGAGCGCCCGGAAGCUCAAGGCGAAGGCGAACGACGAGAUGUCCGGCGCGGCCACGUCAACCAUCUCGUCGCUCCAGGCCGUGCUCGCCCACCUGUGGCGAGGUGUGUGCCGCGCCCGGCGACUCCCGCCGGAGCAGGUGACGUUCUACACGGUGAUGGUGGGAUGCCGGGGGCGCGUGAACGGCAUCCCGGCGGGGUACGUCGGGAACGCGCUGAUGUUCGGGAAGGCGGAGGCGACGGCCGGCGAGAUCGAGGAGAAGGGGCUCGGGUGGACGGCAUGGCAGCUGAACCGCGCCGUGGCGUCGUUCGACGAGGCCGGCAUGAGGGAGUCGCUGGAGCGGUGGGUGCGGGAGCCGGAGUUCACGUACAUGUCGAAGCUGCAAUCCGGCGAUGCCGGCGGCGUGGCGCUGAUCACGGGGAGCUCGCCGCGGUUCGACGUGUUCGGCAACGACUUCGGGUGGGGAAGGCCGGUGGCGGUGAGGAGCGGCGCCGGGAACAAGAUCGACGGGAAGGCGACGGUGUUCGAGGGCCCGGACGGCGCCGGGAGCAUGUCGCUCGAGGUUUGCAUCGCGCCGGACGCGCUCCGGAGGCUCGUCGCCGACGAGGAGUUCAUGGACGCCGUCACCCUCCCCUCAUCGUGAUUAAACUUCAUUGCUCUACCAAAAUAUGGUGCUCUUUAGGGAAAUAUAUUAAUUUCGGCUUUAGCCCAAUCAACAAAGAUGUGACGAGAAGAUGUAAUCCAUUCCUCUUGCAUGCAAAAUCAUGGAUACAAUGGUCAUAUCAAUUUUCGUUAACUUUGGAUGAAUAUUUACUGAUAGGAUUACUAUCUGAAUAAUUUGUUUGUUGGUGGAGUUAAUAUUUGUCUUAUUUUCCAUCCUAUGUUAGUUACAUUUUAUUUGGAUUUGCGCAAACAAUUUUGUGAUAAUUAAUUGGUUGUAAUUUCUGUUGAAGGAAAGGACAGAUUUUAUCUAUUGUCUAGCAAUAGAUAAUUUAUUUAUAUGUUACUUCUUAUAUUUAGAUUACUUGAAUA